AUGGCCUUAUCUGCAGGAAUUAUCCCAUCAGAAGUACCCUCAUCAUAUCAUGAAGCCAUAAGCUGUGAUGAAGAGUGGAAGAGUGCUAUAGAUGCAGAAUUGGAGUCGCUGGUGGCAAACAAGACAUGGGAAAUUGUUGACAAACCAGCAGAUGCAGUUGUUAUUGACUCAAGCACCAUCUACUUUUCAUACGAUGGCACUUACUACAGGCAGAAAGAGGAAACUCCUAUGGGAUCCAGAAUAUCAGGAAUAGUAGCGGAAGACGUAACGGAUAAGAUCUUGGACUACGCAAAGGGUAGACUAUCAUGCCUUUUGCCAUUCUGCAGGAAGUACAUAGACGACGUCAUAACGGCCAUCCCUAAAGAACUGAUUCAACAAUCGUUGGAAAUUUUGAACUCUUUUGACCCCAGAGGCACACUACAGUCCACUAUAGAGGAGGAAGCCAACAAUUCUCUACCCUUCCUGCAUAUGAGGGUCAUUAGAGAGGUAACAACAGAGGGCAGCACGUUGCUGACGGACUGGUAUAGAAAGCAAAUAUCGUCCAGUAGGUACAUCCACUACAAAUCAUACCACCCGAUGAGCAUGAAGAUCAACAUUAUUUUGAAUCUAAAGACGAGGGUAACCAAGCCGAGUCACAAGUGCGUGAACAAGAACCUAAGAAUUUUACUGGGAAUAUUGGGAGAGAAUGGAUACCCACAUGAAAUUCUGACAAGAAGUAUCUUCAACACCGGCAAUUCCAUAGAGAUCUUACAACAACCAGGACCCAUAGCAGAAGAAAAUGAACAGGAACAAAUUAAGCAGAAAUACAUCUCACUUCCAUACAUAGAAGAAUUAACACCGUUGCUCAAUAAAUUGAUACCAUCUGAGAAAUUCAUAUUAGCAACAAGAAAUGUAAAACAACUCAGGUCAUUUUUCACAAAACAUAAAGAUCACACUUCAUUACUACAGUGCAACGGGGUGGUAUAUAAAAUCCCAUGCCAGAACUGUGAAGCAGUGUUUAUUGGGCAAACAUCAACUUUCCUGAGGCAGCGUCUCUCCAGUCAUAGAAGUGAUAAUAAUACAAAGAAGAAGAGCUCUGCACUAGCCAUUCAUGCAGUGGAGGAGGAACACCAACCAGUCUUUGAUGCAGUUGAGGUGCUAGACAGGGAAAGGAACUUGGAGGGGAGGUUGUUCAUGGAAAUGGUCCGAAUAUCCCAGGAGGAGCAUAGUGUCAACUCAAGGAAAGACAUUCAAAACUUGAGCAUCAUGAAUUCCCUCCUAAUUGAAUGGGACAAAAACCAAAACACAAGAGGUCGAGUCCCACAGGGGAGCGUAGAUGUUGUGGGGUGA